AUGGACCAGUCCAGUAUCGGCCGAGGGCUCACCAACAACGGACCCGCGGCUCCCGAUGAUUCUACACGGCGUGCGAUUCGAUGCGAUAAAGACUGGCCCUGUUCCAACUGCCGUACAGCUAAACGCUCUUGCACAUCCACUGGUGUUGGUCAGAGACCCAAGGAGCCCAGGCAGCGAGUCCUCAUCUCAUCUCAAUAUGAACGCAAGAUUGAUCAAAUUGAAGUCCGUCUAGCUAACAUAGAAAAUCUCCUCCGCGAUCUCUCCCAGCGCCCUACAUCAACACCAGGUAGCAAUGUCCACUUCCCCGUGACCCCUGGAGCAUUUGUUGGCUUGGAUGCCAACGCUGCGUCGACUGUCGGGUUCGAAAGCUCUGAUGAUGAGUCUGCUCUGGGUGGCGAUUCUGUAAUCGCCCAGCAAACGACGUUUGCGAGCGAACUCCUUGAGCAUGCCGUGGAGCGCACAUCUCUGCACGACGUCAGCCCCAAGAUGUGGGAGGCCCUCGCCAACCUGAGACAGAUAGCUGAGCUUCAGAGUCGACAAUCUAUCAGCCAUGGCCCCAGGUUCCCAUUGCAGCAACCGUUACCGCAAGGCGGUCUCGGCCAGCUCAAGAUGCCCCCAAUGGACGUCGUCGUCUCCUUACUGAAGCGAGCGAGAGCUUCUCCGCCAGGGCUCUUCACGUUUGUGUGCUAUUUCGUAGGAAUAAGUGACUUUUCCAACCUUUGUCGAAUGGUCUACUUCCCUACAGAAGACUUCACUGAUGCCACAUUUAUCAUUGUCAACGUCGGACUUUACUACCUGUUCCUUGAACAGCACGCAUUGACUAUCGACAACAAGGCUCUCAAGGACGAGUUUGCCUCUCAUCUUCACACAAGUCGAGUGAACUUGGAAACUGGAUUGGCGAACAUGUCUCUCUUCAUGUCCAUCAAAAUAGAGACAGUCCAAGCUCUAUUAAUGGGGACAUUGUAUGCAAUUGAUGUAUGCAGGCCGUCAGUAGCCUGGCACCUCAAUAGUGCUGCUGCCCAAAUGUGUCAGACCGCAGGAUUUCACCGCAAAGAUCACUCUAUGCGUAACCCAGAGGAAGCUGGCAUCAGAGCAAUUCUCUUCUGGUAUAUUUAUACAACAGAUAAAGCGUUGGCGAUUCGACUCGGACGUGCGCCUCUUAUCCAGGAUUGGGAAAUUGACAUUCCGCGAACCUUCCACUUUGAGGGCAUAUUGAGUAUUGAGACCAAGGCUGUUGCGUCCAUGUGGCUAAGUGCUGCAACGCUUCAGGGCCAAGUGUAUGAGCAACUUUUCUGUCCAGCUGCAUUAGCUCAGCCUCCUGCUGUUCUCGCUGAGAGGGCUCGAAUGCUGGCGGCAAAGUGUCGGGAGGUAGAGGCGGAGGCGCACGAGAGCCGAGGAUUGGCCAUUGCCUCGCUUGAGAAGAUAGGAGCCUCGCCCUUGGUCGAUGUUCAUGUCAAGGGUGACGAAGUCCAGUUGCUAUCAACUAUGACACUUAUCUAUCGAGCGAUCCCAGCCCCUGAAGGCUCCUCCACAUGUAUGGAAUUAGUGCGAAAAGAUCCACAUGCGAGGAAUAUAUAUGUCCACUGGAACCUGGUCUUGACCCCGUUUGCCCCGUUUUUCGUUCUGUUCUGCUAUGUUAUAGAAACAUCAUCGGCAGAAGACCUACGUCUCUUGAGUGAUUUCAGCACGUCCAUUGGAGAAACCAGUGACGCUUCAGAGACAAUGCAAAAGCUCUCGCGGCUAUGCCAAGUCAUGAGCAAUGUCGCAGCACUUUAUGUCGAAGCCAAGUCGCAACAGCAGGAAGACCAAACAAUGGCACCAAUCGGAGAUGAGUUCGACGUUUAUUUGAGCCAGCUCGGCUUCAUGCCUGUGAUGGAUCCUAACAUGAACACCGCUGGUGGCGACCCCAAUGCUGCAUUUCAGGAUAACUCGCAGGUGGCGCAAAUGGCAGACUGGAUGUCUGGAAGUCGCAACUUGCUGGGAUUGUUGGAACAGGACAUAUCACAACUAGGAGGCCCUCAGUGGCCACCAAUGUGA